AUGCCGCUCCAAGUGCCGGCGGCCUACGAACAGAAGUUUUCCUUCAUCAAGGACAAGCACCGGCGGCUGAUGCACGCCAUGGUGCACUUCAUGGAUGAAGAAAUUGGAGAGAUGGUCCAGCUAUUGAAGGAGAGGCAGAUGUGGAACAACAGCUUGGUUGUCUUUCACAGCGACAAUGGGGGAGAGAUCAUCUUCAAAGGCAUUUGCGGUGGAAACAACUGGCCCUUGCGCGGAGGCAAGUUUUCCAACUUUGAGGGGGGCAUUCGAGUGAACGCCUUUGUGACAGGUGGUUGGGUGCCAGAAUCUCGUCGCGGUCAGAAGUUGGAGGGUCUUGUGACGGCAUGGGACUGGUAUGCCACCUAUGCAGCACUGGCAGGGGUCGAUCCUGAGGAUCACCAGGCGGCAGAUUUCAAGUUGCCACCACUCGAUUCAAAGGACGUUUGGCCCUGGCUCUCCGGCGCGGCAGCCGCUUCGCCACGGGAGGAGGUGGUCAUCGGCGAAACCUCCGCGCACACGCCCAACGGCGACGGGCAGACCGUCGUCGGGGGGGUGAUCCGUGGCAGAUACAAGCUGCUGCUGGGCGUGGACGCGCACAAGUGGAACUCCAUGUUCCUCACCCGCCAGGUGAGUCAAAAUGUGAUGACGGGUCCUCAAUGGCCCAACAGCAGCAGCCAUUUGAUCCCCAUGCUGCACCCCCGGCACUGCGGACGACAGCCGGAGCACGGCUGCCUCUUUGAAGCUUGGCACGGCUGGCCCCACUGGGAGGCCAUGGCCAUGAAAAAGGGGGAUGAGUGCGAUGCCUCGUCGUUGCUGCACAUGAGCCGGGACAAGGACGUUCCAAAGAAGUGUGCGAAGCCUGGAGAAAUUGAGAGGAUCAGAGAGGAUAUGCUCAAGAAGGCGGGAAAGACCGCAACUCCAGCGACUUCCCAGGGAGCGCCAAAGGCCGCCGGAGACGGCUGUAGGGGGAAGUCCAUCUUGUGCAAAACUUCGAAGAGCGAAGCGAACUGCAAAUUCUGGAAGCGCGUCGGCUGCUCUUGGGGACAAGCCUUGCUGCAGAAAGACACAGACUUUCCAACGAACUGCACCCACGGAAUCCAAUGCAAUGAGGAUGGCUGCAGGUGUGCCAAUCCCGGAGAAGUCAAGCAGAUCACGGAGGAUAUCGUGAAGGAGGUGGCUCGAGCCCAGCCACUGGCUAACGAGGAAGCGCCAGCCGAUGAUGCGUGCAUGGGUGAGUGGUUCUUGUGCAAAUCCCUGGAAACCGAAGAGAGCUGCAAGGUUUUUCAAAGUGAAGGCUGCGCUUGGGGCAAAGCGGCCCUGCUGCAGAAAGAUAUGCCAAAAGGGUGCAAGAAUGGAAUCACUUGCCGCAAUGGAGACUGCAGGUGUGGGGGUUGGACCGUGUUCGCCCCCAACGCCGCAUGUAUGCAUUUGCGUAUUGUGGAUCUUUCUGGAACCGCUGCGUCAACGAGCCAAGCACUGCAACUUGCGUGGCAACGGCAACGCACAGGAAGGGUUGCGUUUUCCGUGCCAAGAGUGUCUUGCAGGUGUGCAAAGCUUGGGGAAACCGAGGGUGCAACACCACCAGAGGGUGAGGCAUGUACGGGCUCAUCGCACAUUUGCGCUAAGCUCACGAGCGAGGAGCUUUGCUGGAAACUUCCAGGUUGUUCUUGGACCAAGGAGACCCAGGGCCUCUGAUCACUGAAGAACGAUGUCAGCCCGAGCAAAGCCUCUUGCCUCCUCGGUAGUUUGAGAGGGUCACAUGGCACCCGCAUCGCCACUUUGUGGUGCGACCUUUGAAGCCG